ACGAAUGAGUGUAUUUUUAUGUUUUUCUUCAUUUGAAUCUAAUCCGUCAAAAUGCCUCUCGUAAUCCUGACGGGAUUUCCAUGUUCUGGUAAAACCAAGCGAGUUUCUGAGCUCAAGAAGUAUCUCGAAGAAAACAAAGGUCAACAUGUUCGAGUGAUCGAUGAUGAAGAUGGCGACGUUCAACGACAGUCAACAUACCACGAUUCCAAGAGAGAAAAGGAUGCAAGAGGGCUACUGAAGUCAGCUGUUGAAAGGCUAAUUUCCAGAGAAAAUAUAAUAAUCCUGGAUUCAUUAAAUUAUAUUAAAGGAUACAGGUAUGAGUUGUACUGUGUAGCUAAAGCACAYAAGACUACACACUGCCUGAUUCAUUGUGACACUCCAAGAGAAACAUGUGCAGAAUGGAAUGGAAAAAUGGAAGAUUCAUACCCAGAGGAUAUUAUUGAUGCUCUCAUCAUGCGGUAUGAGCCCCCUGAUGCCAGGAACAGAUGGGACUCUCCUCUCUUCACAAUACAGGUCGAUGAUGUUCUUCCAGCCGAGUUGAUCUAUGAUGCUCUUAUCAACCGGGUACCACAUCGACCAAACCAGGCUACUCAAUCGCAACCAUUGUCAGCAACGAAUUUCUUGUAUGAAUUGGAUAGAAUUACACAAGAUAUUGUGACAGCCAUACUCAACUCACAAAAAACGUUUGUUCCUGGUGACAAGAUAGCAGUUCCUGGUACAGAUCAACUUAUUGUUCUUACUCGACAAGUAAACAUGGCUGAACUUCGGCGAACAAGACGGCAAUUUAUCACUUAUACUAAGACACACCCUGUGGACGACACAAGUAAAAUAGCCAACAUGUUCGUACAAUAUCUUAAUAACUGUAUCCAUUGAAUGAAAAAUGUAUUAAUAGAAAAUGUUGAUAAAAAACCUUUUGAUUUUA